GAUGCGGUGUCCUACGCCAUCACCGUAGAGGGGAGGCCGUACACCAUCCGCCUGCAGCUGCAAUUUCAGGACGAUUUCAGGAUUUACACGUACAGCAGGAAGGGCUCCUUGCACUCUACCCUGCCCCAUGUCGAGGGAGGCUGCCACUACCGGGGACACAUCGAAGGCUUCCCCGGCUCCGCAGUGACCCUCAGCGCCUGCGCGGGGCUCAGGGGUUUGCUGCAGUUCGAGAACGUCAGCUACGGCAUCGAGCCCCUGGGGUACUCCCCUGCCUUCGAGCACGUCGUGUAUCGCCUGAGCGACGGGAGCAUAUAUAGCUUUGUCAGUGGGGCCAAAGCCUUCAGCAGCUGCAGCGCCCGCGACUUCGAAGCCUUCCUGAAGCAGCGCCGGGACUGCCCCGUCCUUGCCCCCGCGCCCCGCGAGCCCUCGUACCGCAGGGGGCCCAUCUGUGGCAAUGGCGUGGUGGAGCGCAGCGAGCAGUGCGACCGCGGGGCGCCCGAGGUGGGCGCGGGGAGGGGUCUCGGGGCAGGCCUGCGCGUCAGACAAGUGCUGCGCUCCCCGCUGCAGGUUCAAGCCCGGGGUGCAGUGCUCCGAGGGACCGUGCUGUCACAACUGCAAGAGCUGACGGGCAGGGUGAGCUCCAGCCCCAAUUUAGAGACGCCCGAGGCUCCCCAAGGCACCUCCAGCACUCGCCCGGCCGUGCGACCAUUUGACGGGAUGGAGUUCGGGUUCCUCCUUCCCCAUCCUCUGAUGGAGCUGCCAGCGCCCUACGGUCCCUGGAUGGAGCUGGCCCGUGACCUGCCCCAGCUGAUCGCCGCCCACCAGCUCCGCACACGAGUGCACCAGAUGCCGCUGCUGAGCACCCAGCAUCUCCAUGGCCACGAGGAGCUGCACUUGGCGCAUCUGGUGCUCAGCUUCAUCACCAUGGGCUACGUCUGGCAGGAGGGCGAGCAGGGCGCAGCAGAGGUUCUGCCCCGAAAUCUCGCCAUCCCCUUCUGGGAGGUGUCGCAGGCCCUCGGCCUCCCCCCCAUCCUCACCCAUGCGGACCUGGUGUUGGCCAACUGGAAGAGGAAGGACCCCAGUGGGCCUCUGGAAAUUGAGAACCUGGACCCCAUCAUCUCACUGCCGGGGGGACAGAGCCUGCGAGGCUUCGUCCUCGUCACCCUCCUGGUUGAGAAAGCAGCGGUGCCUGGCAUCAAGGCAGUCGUUGACGCGGGCGGUGCCGUUGUGCGCCGGGACGAGGAGACCCUGCACAGGGCCCUGCGGGAGCUGGCGGAGGCCAUCGGGGACAUGAGCGGGGCGCUGAAGCGGAUGCAUGACUAUGUGGACCCAGCAGUGUUUUACACCGUGAUCCGGAUCUUUCUCUCUGGCUGGAAGGACAACCCCGCCGUGCGGGCCGGGCUGCGGUACGAGGGGGUGUCCGAGGAGCCCCUGGCGCUGUCGGGGGGCAGCGCGGCACAGAGCACCGUCCUGCACGCGUUCGACGAGCUCCUGGGGAUCCGGCACCGCCAGGAGAGCGCCGCCUUCCUGCUCAGGAUGAGGGACUACAUGCCCUGGCCCCACCGAGCCUUCGUGGAGGAGCUGCGCCGUGCCCCAUCCCUGAGGCACCACGUGCUCCGCUCCGGCGACGCGCGGCCUCCGUCCGCGCUGGAGGCCAAGGGGACCGGCGGGUCCCACAUCUUCGUCUUCCUCAAGAGCGUCAGGGACAGCACCAGGGACGCGAUGAUCAGUGCCUGA